AUGAGAGUUUUCUGGUCGUUCAUCUCAUUGCAGGUGUAUGACCACGAGUACAAAGCCGUGGUGGACGGCGUAGAGACGAACAGUGUGAUGGAGAUUGACCCAGCUGACCUCACUGAGAUCUUCAGAAUGGGGAACGGCAGUAAGGAGGUCGUGGAGGUGCACGACUUUAAGAAUGGGAUCACUGGGAUACGGUUUGCCGAACAUCAGAGGUGCUACAUCAGGACCCAAACGAAGAAACUACCCACAGUGGCCGAGGCGGAGGCUGACGACAGGGAAAGGACGAUACUAAUUGCCCAGGCAGCACCAUAUGUCUGUGCCAUCUCUGUCUUCUUUUGUGUACCGGAAAGCCUAAUUGGCUCAAUUCGCAGCUCCAGAGUGAAGCAUGAAAGGACAGCAAAGUGACUUGGGCUCAUACCAGUAUUGAUGGACACGCUUACGUUUAAUAAAAAUAAUGGUUCAAAGGGCUAUUUAAGUCACGUUUU